GCCCCCGCCGGUCCCACCGCCGGUGCCGUCGGUGCCGCCGCCGCCGCCGCCGCCGCCGCCGCCGAUAUGGCGCGCACGGCCCCUGUGGAGCCACCGCUGCGGCAUCCCGCGCCCCCGUCGCCGGUUGCGGGAGAGCCCCGCGCCUCAACUGAGGCGGCGGUGGCCCCGCGGAGGGUGCUGUUCGCUGACGAGGCCCUGGGGCUGCCUCUGGCGCAGCUACGCCGCUACCGGCCGUGGGGCGGGCCCGGGGCGGGCAAGAUGGCGGCGGCGACCGGGCAAGAUGGCGGCGGUGGCGGGGCUGAUGAGGAUGAUGAUGGCGAGGAUGGGGAUGAAGGGGAGGAGGAAGAGGAGGCUUUUCCCGAUCCCUCUCCGCUGUGCCCCGUUCCCGCUGGCGGGGGGUUUUAUCUGGUGCCCACAUUUUCGUUGCCGCCCGCGCCGGGCCGUCUGGAGCGGUUGGGGCGCGUGAUGGUGGAGUUGGAGGCGCUGCUGCCGCCUCCUGGAGCGGUUCCCGGGGGUUCCGGGGUGUGGGUGCCUGGGGGGCGCCCGCCAGUAGUGCGCGGGUUGGUGCGCGUGCUGAACCGCUCCUUCGAGAAGGCGGUGCACGUGCGGGCCUCACACGACGGCUGGGCUACCUUCUGCGACCACCCAGCGCGCUAUGUCCCACGCAGCCCGCCUGGGGCAGGAGUGGGAGGAACAGGAGCAGGAGAUCCCCUCCUGGAUCCGGGUCUAGGCCUGGGCCCUGGCCAGGUGUCUGCCUCCUCACCCGACGACGGUGGCCGCACUGACCGCUUUGCCUUCCAGCUGCCCUUUGCUGAGGGUGCGGGCGAUGGGGCGCGCCUUGACUUCGUGGUGCGCUAUGAGACCCCCGAGGGCACUUUCUGGGCCAACAACCAUGGCCGCAACUACACUGUCCUGCUCCGGAUCGCACCCGCUCCCACACCCACUGAUGCUGAAGGGCUGCCCCAGCAGCAGCAGCUGCAGCAGCUGGAGCCACAGCCUGAGUGCCAGGGUCCUGUGGAGGCUGAGGCCAGGCAGCUGAAGAGCUGCAUGAAGCCGGUGAGGCGCAGGCCUUUUGAGGAAGAGCCGAGGAUGAGGAACAGUGAUGAUAAUACCCUAGCAGAACAUUCUGAUGUUCGAGAGUCACUGGGUCCCCUGUUGGCCCCUACCCCUCUCCGUCCAUGGCCCCAGAUGACACUUCAGGUGUCCGAAGUUCCAUUGACCAGAAACCCUCAAGAAGAAGGUGACAUCCCCAGAAGAAACCCACCUGUGGCUUUUACAGAGGUUCUCCAGGCACCAGCCAUCAGGAUUCUCCCAUCCACCCGUGGCCUGGGUGGCCCCGCCAAGGACCAGGCCUCAGGGCCCGAUGCAAGUGAUAGAGCUGCUGGCCCCUUCCUGGAACCCAUUCAGCAGCAGGUGGAGGCUUCGUGGGAAAGUGGAGGCUGUCGAAAGGCCCCCAUGGUAGGGGCUAUGACAGAUGAGCCCGCCAGGGGUCUGGAGAUUGUGAGUGGGUUGGAUGAGUUGCUUGGUGAAGACACCAUUGACCAGGAAUUGGAGCAGCUCUACCUGUCUCACCUGAGCCGCUUGCGAGCUGUGGCAGCAGCAGGUGGCGGGGAGGGCUGUCCAGAUGGCGGCUCUUCCCCCAGCCAUCCUCUGGGCAUACUAACGGACCGUGACCUGAUCUUGAAGUGGCCUGGCCCCGAGAGGGCCCUGAACAGUGCUCUGGCUGAGGAGAUCACGCUGCACUAUGCGCGCCUUGGGUGCGGUGUGGAGCUCAUCAAGGACACUGAAGACCCAGACGACGAGGGGGAGGGUGAAGAGGGGCUCUCUAUCACUCCUUCUAGCCCUGAAGGGGACAGCCCUAAGGAAUCACCUCCAGAAAUCCUCUCUGGAGCCCGCUCUGUGAUAGCUACUAUGGGAGAUGUGUGGCUUCCAUGGGCUGAGCGCUCUAGAUGUGACAGCCCAGGGGUUCUGGGAACACAGGGUCAGUUCACUGAGAAUGCAGAGAAAGGGAUGGGCAAGGGUACCAACCCUUUGCACAUGAAUAGGGUAAUAGUUGGGGCGACCAGGUCCCCCGGGGAGGCUGGAACAGAAAGCCAGAUGGAGGUUCCUACUGAGCAGGAAAGCGGCCUGAUAGCUAUGUCUGAGAAGGAGCUGCCUGUACCAGUUCAGCAAGAGCAGAGGCCUGCCCUCCUUGACCCCACAGGGACUGAAGUCGCUCUGUCUAGUGUAGCCAACCCUCCUGUGAACUCCCAGGAUGAAGAGGGCGGAAGCCUGAGUCUUGAGUCCCCAAAGAGGGCUCCCAUGCCAGCAGCCCCUGUAGAAUGUGCGUGUGGGUUGGCUCCUCAGCUCCGGGGGCCCUUGAUCCAAACUUUGGGCGUUCUGGCUGGGCUAGUCAUGGUCCCUGUGGCUUUGAACAGUGGUUUGUCCCUUCUGGUGCUUGUGCUGUGCCUCUUUCUGGCCUGGUUCUCGUAGGGGCUACCUGUAGGAUCAGCACAUUUCCUCCUCUCUGGGACCUGGAGAUUUACGUCCCUCUGUCACCCCAGAGUGCUGAGCCUGUGUAGUGAGGGACUUUGACUUUGAGAGUGCUUGACUGGAGAGAGGCCUUCCCAUCUCUGAGCUCUCCAGUCAGCAGCAGGCUUCUUGCAGUAGUACUUGUGGAGUGGAACACAAUGGUGGACGGUGUGAGAUACUUUAGAACGAAGCCAGGCAUGCCCCCACCUACCCGCCCGACCCCAAGCCUGUAUUUAUUUUUGUAUAAUUCUCUGGACGAGGGAGAGUGGUCAUGAGCUGGUCUUGGGGCACAAUUACCCAGAGAUAUAUUUAUUAACAGCCAACCUGUGCAACCUGCUGGAGCUUUAUUUUUAAUUUAAUUUAUAUAGAGUACAUAUUAUUAUAUGCCACAAUAGAGCUCUAUGAGAAAUGAUGUGUCUUGCUGUGCUGGUCUCCUGUUUGGGCCUGAGUGUAUAGGGUGGUCACAAUCUGGGGAAUGGCCGUGGUCCGUUGUGGGAGAGGAGAUGACCAUGGCCAUGCCUACUGCUGCCUCCUCAAUGUGUCCUUGAGGAUCUGUAUCUCUUUGCCUUGUGCUCCUAAUAUAUGUGGUCCUUUGGUCGUGCAUAUUUUGUCUGUGGGAGCCUGUGUCUGUGUAUAUGGGUGGUUUUAGGGGGAGCCAAGAAGAGUACUGGCUCUAGUCAUGUGGCUGCAGUGGUGGCUGUGGUCAGCUGUACAUAUGGAGAUAUGGACUAGCCACAAGGUUUUAAGGUGACUGCAAAAGCAACUUUUGACACCAGCAGGGAGACCCCUCAAACCCCCAAAUGGGGAAGGCCCCAGAAAGGAAUUAAUGUACUGUGAAAACUUUGUAUCAGACUUGUUGUCCACAGACAAUGCAUUUCUACUCCAAACAGGGAACCCAGAAGCUUUAAAAGAAAGGUUAGAUACAUUUAUUGCAUGCAAAUAAAAGUUCUUGGUAUAGCAAAAA